UUGAAUGUUAGGAGGUCUUCUUGUAUUUUGUUGGAGUGGAUAAAAAUGUGGUUUUAGGAUGAAUAGGGACAAAAAAAGAAGACAGAAAGAUCAAAUGGGGCUUUUUUAAGAAGGGAAGGGAAGGAGAGGAUGACUUUCCAAAGGAACAGGGAAAAGGGUAUUUUACUAUAUAGAAGAAGGGAGUCAUUGUGAGGGAGUGGGGGUUUUUCUUGUACAUGGAAAUGAAAAGAGCGUGUUUCUGAAAGAAGGUGAGGACUGUGUUAACAGGACAGAUGGAGAAGGUGAGGAUUUUUCCUUUUUCUGAAAAAGAAGGAGGCGGGGCUGCAGACAGCAUUCCCGGACACAUUGUGUGGCGUUGUCACGGCAACAGGGUGCACAUUAUUCAACGGCGUGCCGUAUGAAUAGGAGGCUCAGUGUUCAACAGCCCUUCCGGCAGGAUGGUCCGGCUGAACGAGGAUGGCGCUGUCAGUCGGACGCCGUUUUGAUAUGAGUGCCUCUUCUUCAAGUCUGGCUGCGUUUGGAAAUGAGCACCAUGGUUUUGGGUGUGAGGAAGAGAAGGCACUGUGAGAGAGAGAAACAACAUGACGUGGAAAUCCUUUCUCCUCCUCCGAAGGAGAAGGAGAAGAAAAAGAGGCCGAUGUCACAGAUCAGCGGUGUGAAAAAGGUCACACAAAGCCCGGGUUUGGCGCCUGCCUCCAUCCCUCGCUUUGGAGUCAACACACCACACGAGAACCUGCUAGCCAAGCAAUUUGAGGAUAUCGAUCGUUGGGGUAUGGAUAUAUUCAAAGUAGCAGAAUAUUCUGGAAACCGUCCUCUGACAGUGACCAUGUACACCAUUUUCCAGGAGCGAGACCUUCUGAAAACCUUCGAUAUCCCAGUUGACACCUUCAUCACCUUCAUGAUGACCUUAGAGGACCACUACCAUGCAGACAUAGCUUAUCACAACAGCAUCCACGCAGCUGAUGUGGUGCAGUCUACCCACGUCCUCCUCUCCACCCCGGCUUUAGAGGUGGUUUUCACAGACCUGGAGAUCAUUGCCGCUCUGUUUGCCAGUGCUAUCCACGAUGUUGACCACCCAGGAGUCACCAACCAGUUCCUCAUAAACACCAGUUCAGAGCUGGCGCUGAUGUAUAAUGACGCGUCAGUUUUGGAAAACCACCAUCUCGCUGUGGGCUUCAAACUGCUGCAGGAGGAAAACUGUGACAUCUUCCAGAACCUCAGCAAGAAACAGAGAGACUCUCUCCGCAAGAUGGUGAUUGACAUGGUGCUGGCCACAGAUAUGUCCAAACACAUGAACUUUUUGGCAGACAUGAAGACAAUGGUGGAGACCAAGAAAGUCACAAGUUUGGGAGUCCUUCUACUAGACAACUACUCUGACCGUAUCCAGGUUCUGCAGAACAUGGUCCAUUGUGCAGAUUUGAGCAAUCCAACCAAACCGCUGGAGCUUUACCGCCAGUGGACGGACCGCAUCAUGAAGGAGCGUUUCACCCAGGGAGACAGGGAGCGGGAUAGAGGCAUGGAGAUCAGCCCCAUGUGUGACAAACACAACGCCUCCAUAGAAAAGAGUCAGGUGAGCUUCAUUGACUUCAUUGUGCACCCGCUGUGGGAGACCUGGGCCGACUUAGUGCACCCCGACGCUCAGGACAUCCUGGACACACUGGAGGACAACAGGGAGUGGUACCAGAGCAUGAUCCCCCGCAGCCCCUCGCCUUCCACCCCAGAAGAGCACCAGGCUGAGGUGGGACCAGCAGCUUUGGGAGCAGGAGCACCCAUUCCUUCUGGAGGAGGAGGAGGGGACAAGUUCCAGUUUGAAUUAACUCUGGAGGAAGAGGAGGAAGAAGAGGAGGAGGCAGAUUCUGACCUUGAGAGCCCCAUAGAGAAUGAGUCUCAGUCUGCUGCGGAGAGGCACCGAGACUCCUCCUCCCCAUCUCUUUCUCCAGACCCCCGCAGCAGCAGCGGCAGGUACCGUCCCCCUUCGCCUCACCCAUCUCGGACCUUGAACCUGGCUGCCAUGUCGGUGCGGAGCCCCAGCCCUCAAAGAGCGCCAGUCUCCCCAGGGCGGGAAGGUGCCGACACGGACAGAGAACUGAGCCAGGAGGGCGACGGAGUGGCCUGCCUGCGUUUGGGCACAUAAUGACCAGCACAACCUGCCCUGCCUGAGAGACACGGGUGCUGGAUGUAUGUCGAUGGAGGCAGGGCAAGCCUUUACCAAUAAUGUCUGUAAAAUCACCACAGUCCCUUUACACUGGAGACACCCACUCUGGAGAACAGAGGAAUGUUCCCCCUCUGUUUUAGGUUUCGUUUUUCAGCAGGGAGAAUAGUUUUUGCCUAUCUUUGGGUGCCUGAUAGGCCAUCCUGGUUUGUUAUAGCUUCAGUUUGGAGAGUCCCAGACAGAAACAAAGAAAACGAAACUGCUGCGUUUAUUCUGGGAAGAAGAACGAAGCUGAGGCCUGUACUCUAACAAGAGGUAACAAGGUAAAGGAAAUGUCUUCCUUCAAAAUAACUGUGACAUUUGAACGCGAGCAGCGAAUGAGGACCGCAGUGGUGUGACAGGGUCUUGGAAAUUAUUUUGCACCAUAGUUUCAGUUUAAGGUAUAAAAUUAUUGAGUCCUCGUUGGAUUAAGUGAGUCUGAUUUCUUUAAGAAUGAUGUGAGAGAUGAAUCAUUUUACCAAAUACGGGAUGUAAAUGAGAAAAAUCGGUGGACCUUAACCUCAGGGUAUGAAGAGAAACAUAAAUCUAAUGUAGCACAGAUGUACUGGGUACCCCCUAACCUGACCACCACCCCAAACAGUCUUUCCAGUUUGAUUUACCUCCAAGCCGGACAAAUGAGACUUUAACCCAUGGUGUGUCUCUACAUUUAAUCAAAACCCUUUAAUAUACAAUUUGGCAACUUACAUACUUAAACCAGCUUGUAGCACCACAGAAACUGAACACUGAAGAAGACUUUACCCCAGUCUCACCUGUUGAUACUAUAAGACACCACCUGUAUAAUUAGUUUAAGCUUUAUUUUAUUUUGUACCUGUAAUGACUUUUAAUGAUGUCAUUGUUCUGUUUUGAUUUUCGACCUGUUCCUUGUUGUACAUUAGCUGAUCUCGUCUGUGGUUAAGUGCUUAAAAAGCAUUUGUUUUGUUCGGUUUUUUAAAUCAGGGUGCCUCCAGUCCGCAGUAGCACUUUACUGUCUCUGCCAUUUCAGCUCUUCUGUUCAGUCACAAAAAAAGGGCUUCACCCACUGUAGGCCUGCUGAUCACAAAAACACAGUACAAAGCAUUUGACUAAAGGUACCAGAAGGCAGGGCGGGAAACUAACCAGUUUUCACAAACUAGCGUCUCAACAAAGGAUUUGAUGGCGUGCAACAAUAAUAAAGUUCCUAUUCAUCUACCGGUCAGAUAAUAUCGGAAUUCUAGGACUGCAUCUGUUUGUUUUGAGACAGUCCAAAGGUGUGCAAACUCCAACAACUGUAGGUGAAAUAUAAAACUCAGCCUCCCACCUCUGACCCAAACUGAAUUUGUUCUUAUAAAAGAAUAAUGCUGGCAAAAACCUUCUUUUUUUUAAUAAUCAGCAAACAAUGAACCACAAGUAUUGUGUGGCAUCUGUUCUAUAGAUGUUCCAUAGAUGCACAUGCUCCCUAAUUAUAAUUUAGUCAGUUUUUGUUCAAUCCUAUUUCUACCAUCCUGAUGAAAAUGUGUCCAACAAAGAAACUGUUCAUUUUUUAAAGGCUCCCACAUGUUUGUUGGGAAACACUAUUCAUGCAGUCACAUUAUUUCUGUCUGUACUGCUACAAUUAAAAUCAGCAGCUACAGCUACUACUGUUUUGAAGCUCUGUGAACAUCUAUGCUCAUUCAAAUGUUUUGUUUUGUUUUUAAAACCAACAUUUGUGUAGUGCUUAUAAGAGAUUAGAGAGAUUAUUGAGGAGAUUUGUGCUUAUGUCCAGGGAAAUUUAAGAUUUACUGCUUGUUUCUUGUAAAAGUAACAAGUAUUCUACUAUAUUACUUCUGUAACACGUGUAUUCAUCAUGUCUUUCAGAUCAGAUAGAAUUCCCAAAACUCUCCGAGCAUCCUGUUAACUUCCAUCCAAGGAAGCCACUUGGAUGUUUGACAAACUAUCAGUGUGUGCAUUUAUAAUGGCUGACAGAUGGAAAUUUAAAAGCUUCAGCCAUGCUAUAAGUCUAGAUGUUGAGCCGUCAACCAUCUGAUCUGAACAGAGCGGGGAAGACAAACCAGCAGCGUAGUUCAUCACAGGCUUUGACACCUGUUUGAUUAAGUCAUACUUGAGCUCAGAGCACUUUAUAAAAGAGGCCAUUGCUGUUGAUUUUGUUUUUGUAGGUAUUUUAGAAAAUGUAAAAAAUGCCAGCCUUAUCCUUUAAUGGUAAAAUGUUGUUUCGACACACAAACCUUCAAACCUCAGUCAAAAGUAAAACAUGUUUACACAUCUGAACUAAAGAUGCUGCUUCUAAAUUGCUUUAUUUUCCAUAAAAAAACCAACGAGGAUCUUUGAAUUCUAAAAUCCUAGCGGUGUGUUUUCCUACCCUGCCGACAGAUACCGAUGUAGAGAUCAGAGAGAGCUCGGGUGGCAGAAACAAGUCACCUGUAGUUCAUCCUAAACAGACUGUGCUCCAUCAGCUCUUAUUUGGUAGAUAGUGCUCGACUGGGAUAAAUGUGUGCCACAAGUGUUGACAACACACAAACACCUGCCAGCCUACAAUGCUGUACAUUUUUACACUAGAGAUUUUAACCUGAUGAUUGUAUCAAAGUCAUUAACUUUAUAGUGUUAGUUUUUACAAAUGAUACACGUUAACAGUAUUUAAGGCAAACGAUUCAAUAGAUUUUGUGCAGCUUUGGAUCCGUCUGUUCAGUUCUUUCCUAAUCAGAUAGCUGAGACUCGAGGAUGUGUGUAGUUUCAGGUGUUUCAUGACUUUGUCUUUCUGUACCAAGUACACAUUCAGCCUAGAACAGUGUUUGUCGCUGUCACUGAGGUAGAAAGACCGGGAAGUAAGCAAGCACUACGCAACAUACGAUGCACUUCCCAGUCAGGCAGUAGUAGAAAACACUAGUCCAACAGUAUUUCAUUAUUUCAGCUAGUAAGCUUUAUUGAUCAGCCUUACGUGGUUUAUAAACGUUUUGAGCCUUGUGCUAAAGGACCACUGUGAUGAUUUCGAAAUGCUGAUCCUCAGACUGUUGUUCCAUUCAUUUUUCCGUGGAGAAAGAGGAAAGUGGGAAAACUGUUGCCAGACUUACAUUUUUUGAGAACGUUUACAAAGUGUGCAAAAGAAGAUUUUUUUCAAAGGCUCCAGAUUUAAAGACAGUUUAAAGGUCUAAUAAAAAUAAUUGUGAGUAGAUAUGUCAUAUUAAAAAUGUCUCCUAUUAAACCAUUCUACAUUGUAAUCAGAGCAGUUCAGUUUUUACAGUAAAUUUUACUCAUUAGCAUAUUUAGAUAUCAGUAUCCAGCUGACCACAGAUGCCUUCGUAUGACAGAAGUGUCUGCAUUUGGCUAGUUUUAUUAAUUAUCUAGAGUAACAGGCUGAAUGUAAGCCAGUGAACCUCAAAGCCUUUGAGCAUCACCCUGAAAGCAAACAUUUUCAAAACACUGCAUUUUAAACGUCUGUUUUUGUUACAUCAUCAAAAAACAUGUAUCAUGUCAAAAGUUGGUUUGUGGUUCGUCAGCCAUGAGUCAAGAUCCUUUAGCACUGGUUGGUUUUGAUCCAGUCAAACAGCUUUCUAUCAGGAGAAAACCUAUUUUAGUUACAUGUUUGCAUAGUGUAGCCAUGUUCACAUGACUACAUUAUCAAAGAGCACAAACAAAGAGCAAAAACAAUGGUUUUACCCCCCCAAAGAAGUUUAUUAUAUUUGUACUACAUUUAAUUAAAGAAUAAUCGUCCAAAAAUGUAAAAACACAUUUAAAAAUGUGGCUUCUGAGAUUAAACUGAUUUUUCUCAGAUGUGCCACAACAAAUAAUGUGUUUCCAGUUAGUCAUUAUUUUCUCUUAUUGUAACAAAAAACAAAUUAAAAGCUCAUAUUUUUAUCUUGUGUGAUACUUUAAGUAGAUAUACAGCAACAGUUUUCUGACAGCAGGUGUAAUUUGCUCAGCACUUAACAGUCUGAGGAGUUUCAGCAGGUUAAACUCAGCACCGUGGCUCUUUGCAGGAAGACGUCAGUGCCAUACAGCGCCAUCUGUGUCGGUGAGCGGGAGCGUUCCCGCUUCUACACAGAGACUGUGUUGCACUGACACCGCCUCCACCCACGUCCAUGCAGUCUUGUUCUUUCAGCCUCUGUGUCGUGCAAACUUCUAUAGAGAUAUUUAUUCUUCAGAUGUGUCUGUCAAUACAAAGUACUGUAACAUAGGAUGUCUGAUUUUAUGUUCUGGAGCCUAAAAAUCAAGUAUACUUCACAAGUAUGUAUCCACCUGCCACUCCGAUGUUUUUGCCAGAGAAAUUAAAUCUAUUUUUGUUUCGCAUUUUAAGCCAAAAGAGUCUCGGGAGUUCAGGGUGUUUUAAGUGGAAAAUGCCAAUAAAUUAUAUGGAAAUUU